CCGUGGGUACCGAUGGAUGUGGCCGAGAGCCCUGAACGGGAUCCUCGCUCUCCAGAGGAUGAAGAGCAGCCACAGGGGCUCUCGGACGAUGACAUUCUGAGGGACAGCGGGUCCGAUCAGGAUUUGGACGGGGCGGGGGUGAGGGCUUCUGAUCUGGAGGAUGAGGAGAGUGCAGCCAGGGGGCUGAGCCAGGAGGAGGAAGAUAACCACUCCGACGAGGACCGGGCAAGUGAGCCUAAAUCCCAAGAGCAGGACUCGGAGGUGAAUGAGCUGAGCCGGGGCCCGACCAGCCCCCCCUGCGAGGAGGAGGGGGACGACGGGGAGGAAGACAGGACAAGCGACCUUAGGGACGAGGCCUCCUCAGUCACCAGGGAGCUGGACGAGCAUGAGCUAGACUACGACGAGGAGGUCCCCGAGGAGCCGGCUCCCGCCGUCCAGGAGGACGAGGCCGAGAAAGCGGGGGCUGAGGAUGAGGAGGAGAAGGGCGAAGGCGCUCCCAGGGAGGAGGGGAAGGCUGGUGUUCAGAGCGUGGGAGAAAAGGAAUCCCCAGAGGCUGCCAAGGAGAAAAAGAAAGAGGACGAUGAUGGAGAGAUCGAUGACGGGGAAAUAGACGAUGAUGACCUGGAAGAAGGUGAAGUGAAGGACCCCAGUGACAGGAAGGUGAGACCUCGUCCCACCUGCCGGUUCUUCAUGAAAGGGAACUGUACCUGGGGAAUGAAUUGUAGGUUUAUACACCCUGGAGUGAACGACAAGGGGAACUACUCCCUAAUCACCAAAGCCGACCCCUUCCCGCCUAAUGGCGCCCCGCCUCUCGGACCUCACCCGCUGAUGCCCGCCAAUCCUUGGGGUGGGCCGGUAGUUGAUGAAAUUUUGCCUCCACCCCCUCCAGAGCCCCCAACAGAGAGUGCCUGGGAACGAGGACUCCGGCAUGCAAAGGAGGUUUUAAAAAAAGCAACUAUCCGAAAAGAACAGGAGCCUGACUUUGAAGAGAAAAGGUUUACGGUGACCAUUGGCGAAGACGAACGGGAAUUUGACAAAGAAAAUGAAGCUUUUCGAGAUUGGAAUUCUCGGAUCCCGAGAGAUGUCAGAGACACAGUAGCAGCUUCCUCAUUGCAGGAAAGGGAGCGGGAGCGAGAGAGAGAGAACAGACAGCGCGAGCGCGAGCGGGAGCGGGAGCGGGACCGAGAGCGGGAGCGCCGGCAGAGGGAGCGUGAGCGAGAGCGGGAGCGUGAGCGCGACAAGGAGCGGCAGCGGAGGAAGGAGGAGUGGGAGCGUGAGCGAGCCAAGCGGGACGAGAAGGACCGGCAGCACCGUGACCGCGACCGGGAGAAGGAGCGGGAGAAGGAGAAGGGGAAACCCAAGCCCCGCUCCCCGCAGCCACCAAGCCGCCAAGCUGAGCCACCAAAGAAGGAGGCCGCCACUGCGGGGCCGCAGGUGAAGCGAGCAGAUGAGUGGAAGGACCCUUGGCGCCGAUCCAAGUCUCCCAAGAAGAAACUCGGGGUGUCGGUCUCCCCGAGCCGGGCUCGAAGGCGUCGGAAAACAUCAGCCUCGUCGGCCUCUGCCUCUAACUCCUCCAGGUCAUCUUCACGGUCAUCGUCCUACUCCGGCUCCGGCUCCUCCCGGUCACGAUCCCGGUCUUCAUCCUACAGCUCCUACUCCAGCCGCUCUUCCAGACACAGCUCGUUCUCAGGAAGCCGGUCCAGGUCCCGGUCCUUCUCUUCGUCCCCGUCCCCAUCCCCAACACCUUCCCCACAUAGACCUUCCAUCAGAACCAAGGGAGAGCCGGCCCCGCCGCCCGGGAAAGCAGGAGAGAAGUCAGUGAAGAAGCCGGCCCUGCCUCCAGCCCCACCACAGGCCACCAAAACCACGACUCCUGUCCCCGAGCCCACCAAGCCAGGAGACCCUCGGGAAGCCAGGAGGAAGGAGCGGCCAGCCAGGACCCCCCCCAGGAGGCGGACACUCAGCGGCAGCGGCAGCGGCAGUGGCAGCAGCUAUAGUGGUUCCAGCUCCCGAUCCAGGUCCCUGAGCGUGAGCAGUGUCUCCUCAGUGUCCAGUGCUACGUCGAGCAGCAGCUCUGCACACAGCGUGGACUCGGAGGACAUGUACGCAGACCUGGCUAGCCCCGUGUCCUCAGCCAGCUCUCGGUCCCCAGCCCCAGCCCAGACCAGGAAGGAGAAAGGAAAAUCUAAGAAAGAAGACGGUGUUAAAGAGGAAAAGCGGAAAAGGGAUUCGUCCACGCAACCACCUAAAUCUGCAAAACCUCCAGCAGGGGGGAAGUCCUCCCAGCAGCCCUCGACCCCCCAGCAGGCACCCCCCGGGCAGCCCCAGCAGGGCACGUUUGUGGCCCACAAGGAGAUCAAGUUGACACUGUUGAAUAAGGCGGCUGAUAAAGGAAGCAGGAAGCGCUAUGAACCAUCAGACAAGGACAGGCAGAGCCCUCCUCCAGCCAAGCGGGCCAACACAUCCCCAGACCGAGGUUCUCGGGACCGGAAGUCAGGUGGGAGACUGGGCUCCCCGAAGCCAGAGCGACAGAGAGGCCAGAACUCCAAAGCCCCUGCAGCCCCGGCUGACAGGAAGCGCCAGCUGUCACCACAGUCCAAGAGCUCCAGCAAGGUCACAAGCGUGCCCGGCAAAGCCUCGGAUCCCGGCGCCGCCAGCACCAAAUCAGGGAAGGCCAGCACGCUGUCGCGGCGGGAGGAGCUGCUGAAACAGCUGAAGGCCGUGGAGGACGCUAUUGCGCGCAAGCGGGCCAAGAUCCCCGGGAAAGCAUAGGCCGUGCCCCUGACCGGACUGGACGCAUUUUUAUACAUAGGGUAAGCGCAGCCAUUUUGGAUUUUGCAGUUAAUGUCUUAUUUUGGCUGUGAUUCUUUUUAAAAAGUAAAAAAGAAAAAAAAGUUUCUCAGCUGGAAAAGAAGCCACACAGGAGAUGACGACGACGCUGAAUCCCAGCCUCCCUCCCCAGAGCAGAAGUCCCGCAGGACAGACACCGACAGCGCUAGUGACCAGCACAGUUCUCAUGUAAAUUACAGGCCCCGGCCGCCAGCCCCGCCUUCUCUUCCUCCUCCACCGUCUUCUUCCCUGGCCCUGGUCAGGCCUGGGCCUGUGGAGCCCCAGCUCUGCGUCCCCAGCCUGGGUUCAGGCAGCCAGGCUCCCUCCUGAGCUGAGAAAUGGAACCUCGAGAACCACUGGUGGCACCUCCUCCUCCUCCCCGCCCCCAAUCACCCGCCCCCGGAUCAGAAAUAUAUCUAUAUUCUCGACUGAAGUCUCAUCAGGAAAUACUUCCUGUCUUUUAUUUUAAGCAUCAAAUUGUUUUAGUUGAUUUAAACAGGAAAAAAUACAGAAAAGACCAAAAAAAAAAAGGCCAAGGGUAUUGUUGGGGCGUCUGUCUAAUGUGGAGGGUCUUUUUUUGAGAGGUCUCCUAAAAUAAAAUAUUUUGAUAAGCA